UAAUGUGAAGUUCUUAGCGGAAUAUAAGAACCCGUCUCUUAACUUUUAACUAAAAAAAUUAAGAACCAGAUUCUUAGCUUUUUUAGUUAAAAGUUAAGAGACAAGUUAUUAUAUUUUCUAAGUACCUUAUCUUAAGAACCUCUCAUUAAUCAUGCUCUAAUUAGAGUAGGCAACAUGAAACCCAUCAACGUAGAUGGGAGAACAAAAAAGAUCCAGUAGUAACACAAAGGUAUAAUUCAUAUAGCACAAGGAUGAGACUUUUCAGCUAGUAUUCAAUCCAACGUUAUCAUCAAUGGUACUAAAACAUAUUUGUAGUUUAGUGUAAACGUUAUUUUGAAUCCAAACCGUUAAAUGGUGAUUUUCCCAAAGAACUGUUAAAUAAUGAAUUAACAUAAACGUAUCAAUGAAUAAACUUAUCAUCAAUUAAUUACUCUUAAACAAAAUAAAACGUCUACGCAUUGCCCUAUAACAUCUCUAGUUCAUUGUCACCAAUCUAACAUCCUAAACCAAAAGUAUGGCAAUGUCUCUUUCCAUGUUAACUCUUGUAUUCACCGUAGUAUUUAUCAUGGCUCACACAACUUUUUCCCAACAAUUUGAUCGAUAUUCACUAGAGGUACCAGAAGAUGUGAACAUAUCUCCCAUGCCAGAUUUUGAUAUCUACGUCGAAACUCCCGAUGAAUCUCCAUUCGAAGCUGAUUCACCGACAAUGGAAUAUAACAUGAAACUUGGGAGACAGUACUCGGACAAACAAUUCAAUUUUCUUCAGAUUUGCCUUCAAAAGCUGAAUUCGGAUUGUGGAGAUAACAUUGUCAAGAACAUGUUGGAUAAAACUACGACGCAAUUGACGAAUGAAUGUUGUCUUAUUCUAUUAAAGAUUGGCAAAGAUUGUCAACUAGGAGUGGCACAUAUCAUUUCUUCAAACACUGAAUAUAAUAAUAUUGCUUCUAAGGCUAUUCCAAAAAGCAAACAUACAUGGAAAGAUUGUGUCCGCAGAGUUGGGAGCCAUAUUGGUUCUCCAAUUUUUUUAGAAGAACUAAACUAAUAUUUCAUCGUCUUGAUAUUAUAUGCAUUUUGAGAUUUUUUUUGGAAAAACUAAACUAAUAUUUCAUCAUCUUGAUAUUAUAUGCGUUUUGAAUUUUAUGAUUCCUAUCACACCACUGAAAAAUGCAUUAUACGUUUGAUGUACUAUUAAGAUUAUAUGGCCAUGCCCAUGCAAAUAUACAUAUUUUCUAAUCAAGGUUCUCGGAUCCAAUGAAAAAUACUCAAUGAUGGUAUCGUUCUCGUUUGAUAGAGAAUAAACUGUUCCAACUUGGGUUGGUUUGCAAAAUACUGUCAAAAAAUCAUUUACUUAACGGCAAAACAAUGUAAAAUAUAUUUGAUAUAUGUUUUCAUAAGUUAUAUGUAGAAAGAAUGCGAAUCACAACAGCGCAUACCGCCAUACGCAAUUGUAGAUCUUAAGUUAUAUUAUGACCCAUAUAACUUUUCAACAAAUACUCAUUUCCCUAUAAGUUAUAUCGUUUGUUGUCACCAAUCUAAAAUCCAAAAUCAAAAACAAAUAAGCCAAAGUCUCUUCUCAUGGUGAUACUUGUAUCCAUAGUAGCAGGUUCGACGUCUCAGACAACUUUUUUCGAGAAAUUGAUCAAUAGUCACAAAGGGUAUAAGAAAAUGUGAACAUAUCUCCUAUUGAAGCUCCCGCCAAUUUACUAGAAAUUAAAUAUGAGAUGGAGCUUAUGCAUCAUUACUCGCAUGAACAUUCUCGAUUUUCUUCAUGUUUGCCUACAAAAUUAGAAUUCGAAAUGUGGAAACGACAUUUUUAAGAACAUGUUGGAUGAGAUGACGACACAAAUAUUGACAGAUGAAUGUUGUUGUAUUUAUUAAAGACGGACAUUUAGGACUGACCCAAAUUAUUCUUUCGAUUUAUGAGUAUAAAGAUAUUGCUUCUAACACUUUCGAAAAUCAACAGAGAUGAAACAAUUGUGUUUGGGAAGUUGGGAGCCCGGAGCCAGAAUGGUGUUCCUGUCUCUUCGGAGCCCAUGAUUUAAACAGUAGCACCUCACUAUGAUGUUAUAUGUGUUCUCAGUGUUAUGAUUGUUACCAUUAUAUAUUCAUACUCCCUCGUUUUUUAAUGAGAAAAAAAUACUUUUAUUUUCUAAACAAAAAGUCAUUAGUAUUUUUUUUGUCAGCAAACUCAUUAAAUAUCUAUAUAACUAUAAUUCAACUAAUAAAAAAAUAAAUUACAGAAUAUAACGAGCCAUAUUAUAUAAGAAUUUUACAUAAUUUUAUAUUUAAUUUUGAAAAUAUUAUAAAAUUUUAAGUAAGACAAACUUUUUGAAGUGUUAAAUAUUUUUUUUUUUUAAAAGAGAGAAUAUUAAUCAAUUAUCAUUAUACUUUUGGUAAUCAAGAAACUCAAACCAUAAAAUAAUUAUAUUGGUAUCUUAAUAUAGUGUUGGAUUACCAAGAAUGAUCCUUUCUCAGAA